GUGAAGGAGUGAGGCGUCCUGUCUUCUUCCACCGACCACACCCACCGAUCAGGACUCAGCAUCACUGUGAGCGACUGACACUCGGCGAAUCGCCAAGGAAGCGAGAGGGGAAACCAGCCAGCCACCGCCCACAAACCCCAGCCAGGCCAAUCCCCAAGCUUCCUCUUGCAAACCCUAGCAAUGGCGACGCCGCUGUGAAUCGGAUCUGAUCGGACCGGAUCGAAGAUGGGUUCUUCCCGAGGUAACCGCAACGUGAGGGCACGGCGUGCCGUGAAGGCCAUGAAGCUCCUCGGCAUCCCCAGGGAGCAGACCGCCCCCGUCCUCAAGCGCCUGAUCGAGCUCUACGACGACAACUGGCAGCUCAUCGAGGCCGAGUCCUACCGCGCCCUCGCCGACGCCAUCUUCGACGAACAGGCGAACGGCGGGCCAGCCAAUGGCGGGGAUCAGGUGCAGGGGCAGGGGGAGCUCGAUCUGGAGCUGGAGGAGACAGGCACCAUGCCGGAAAUGUUCACGCCGGAGGAUGACGACCAGCGCCCUUCUACCUCCCUCGCCGUCGUCCGCAAGGACCCGGAUAAGCACAUCAGCGCACCACGCUCAGGGACUGGUCCCAGAGCAAACCCCCUUGGCGCUCACCCAACUCAAGCCGCUUCCCCUACACAGACCAGAGCGCUAAGCAAGCAGAGGCAGAUGCAGAUGCAGAUGAUGGAUGAAGAUUUUCAGCAGCCUGUCUUCCUGAGAGAGCCCAAGCCUGAACCUGUCGACAUGGAUGCAGUGGACUGUCUGAAUGUGCAACCUGGCUUGAUUCACCGUUCGCGCAAGCGCAGUGCGCCAUCCUUGGAGCUUUUGGCAUUGCCUACGCCUGAACAAACUCCUAGACAGAUUUCAGAAGGUGAUAGAAACAGGACAAUUCAGCGUUGCAGAGAUAGGGAAAUGCCUACUUUAUCGGUAGAGCCAGCGAGCAGCACAAUAAACAAUGGAACGGGAUCUGGAGUUGGAAAUGUGCAGGAAGCACCUUGUUUAGAUGUUGAUAUAGCAUCAUCCCCUAGGGGUGAUGUUAAGAUGUCUCUGAAAUUCAAUAUAGACCCAUCAAAGUUCCACAUGCCUGCUUUAGAAGCAGUUUUCAAGAUGGUUGAAAACAAAUGUCUUCGCUCUCCUGAUUUUUCCAUUCGCAGCAUCAUGACUGAGAUGUGCCAGUGUAUUGUGCAACAAGGCACUGAACAUACCGUGGAGCAUAAUACCCAAUCAGAUAUUGUUGGUAAUGGCAGCUUGUCAGAGAAUGGUAUAAAUAGAAAACAGAAAGCUAGAGAAGAACCGUUGGUUUCGAAAGGCUUGGAGAGUGGUCCAGCAAAUUCAACCCUUGCCCAGCAACACCAUUUGGCACUUUCUGUAUCGAAGACUAUUCAUGACAUAACUGAUAUAUCCAAGGGAGAAGAAAAUGUGAGGAUAUCGAUUGCAGAUGAAUCUGGCAGAGAGAAAUGCCCACCUUCCUUUUAUUAUAUGCCAACAAAUGCUGUAUCCCAGAAUGCUCUUGUUAGCAUGUUUCUUGCAAAGAUUGGCAGUGAAGACUGUUGCCCUGAAUGCUUUGACAACUGCUUGUCCUCACCGGCACCAUGUGCUUGUGCAAGAGAAACUGGGGGUGAAUAUGCAUACACACUGGACGGUUUGGUUAAGCCAGCAUUCAUUGAUGAAUGUGUCUCUAUGAACCGAUUCCCAGAAGAACAUCACAGGGUGUAUUGUAAAACUUGCCCGCUUGAGAGGUCUAGAAACAAAGCCUCGCCAGAGCCUUGCAGGGGCCACCUUGUUAGGAAAUUCAUCAAGGAAUGCUGGAGCAAAUGUGGGUGUAACAUGCAAUGUGGUAACCGUGUGGUUCAGCGUGGCAUAAGAUGCAAUCUGCAGGUGUUCUUUACUGAAGAAGGGAGGGGUUGGGGGCUUCGCACACUCGAUGAUUUGCCAAAAGGCACUUUUGUUUGUGAAUAUGCUGGGGAGAUACUAACACAUACAGAACUGCAUGAAAGGGCCAUUCAAAAUAUGCAGAAUGCUAGGUAUACACAUCCAAUACUUUUGGAUGCCGGUUGGUGUUCUGGAGGGGAGCCGAAGGAUGAAGAGGCUUUAUGCCUAGAUGGAACAUUCUAUGGGAAUGUUGGCAGAUUCAUCAACCACAGAUGCUGUGAUGCAAAUCUAGCGAUGAUUCCUAUUGAAGUGGAGACUCCUGAUCAUCAGUAUUAUCAUGUUGCAUUCUUCACAAGCAAGAAGGUGGAGGCUUUUGAGGAACUGACAUGGGACUACGGCAUAGAUUUCGACGACGAGAGGCAGCCCGUGAAGGCGUUCGAGUGCCUGUGCGGAAGCAGAUAUUGCCGGGGAGGUCGGCGCCACCUUCUAAGGAAGGAGAGGAGGAGGAGCAGAGUUACCGGCACCGCGGGAUGAGCCGAGGUAUUAGAAGGUUGUUGAUGCGAUGCGAUGGUUGCUUGUUUAGGAAGGGCUAAUUAACCAACUAGCUAGGGUAAUCAAGUAGUAAUGUCACAAGCAAGGUGCUGCAGGUGGAAGAAUGUAUGUAUGUAGUAGGUAGUUUGGCGUGUGCAUUUUGGACAAGUGAUGGAUGGUAUGGUAAGGGUAAAGGGUAAGGCGGAGGAGACGAUGGCUCUUCUCUUCUCUGCUCUGUGUAGAAGUAAAAUGUGUAUGGAUCAAGUGACCUCGCUCGCUCUUAAUAUUAGUAGAACAAGAUGUACUUGCUAGUCCAGAUGUGCAUAUACAUUCAUGGAUAUUUGUAUGUUACACCUGGCACCCAACUGGAAACAAUCCUAGUGGGCUGAGUUGGUUUG